AUGUGUCAACAACUCGUCGAGACGAUCGAGCACCUGUGCCAUCACAGGGUCGAUUGCCCCGGCACUAUCAGGGAGUGGAAGGGCUGCAACAACUGCGGUAUCAUCAAGGAAAAAGCACACCUGGGCAAGCUCACCAAGCGAUACCCAUGCCCCGAUUGUAUCGCCAAUGGAGUAUGGGUGAAGAAGAAUGGAAAGUGGGAUAAGGUUAAGCCUAAGGCUUAA